AUGGAUCACACGCUUUUCGGCUGCCUGCGCAGUCCCCACCAUCCCCCUGGCCAGGGCUUGCACCCAUUCUCACAGUCUGCGCUUGCCCUGCACGGCCGCUCAGAUCACAUGUCCUACCCGGAGCUCUCCGCGUCCUCCUCCUCUUGCAUCAUAGCGGGAUACCCCAACGAGGAGGGCAUGUUCAGCAGCCAGCACCAUAGGGGCCACCACCACCACCACCAUCACCACCACCACCACCAGCACCAGCAGCAGCACCAGCAGUCUUUACAGGCAAACUGGCACAUCCCGCAGAUGGCUUCCCCGCCACCGCCUCCACCGCCUCAGUCCGCCUCAUCCAGACACAGUCUGUGCCUUCAGCCCGAUUCGGCUGGACCCCCGGAUCUAGCCAGUAGUCCCCCCGGACUGUGCUCGAAUUCAUCAAGUUUGGGGACCGGCACCCCGACAGGAGCAGCGUGCGCUCCGGGAGAUUACGGAAGGCAAGCGCUGUCCCCGGUGGAGACGGAGAAAAGAAUGGGCAAGCGGAAAAGCGACAGCUCAGAUUCUCAAGAGGGAAAUUAUAAAUCUGAGGUCAAUAGCAAACCCAGAAAAGAAAGAACAGCUUUCACCAAAGAGCAAAUCAGAGAGUUAGAAGCAGAGUUUGCCCAUCAUAACUACCUCACCAGGCUGCGGAGAUACGAAAUAGCUGUGAACCUGGAUCUCACUGAAAGACAGGUAAAAGUUUGGUUCCAGAACAGACGGAUGAAAUGGAAACGGGUAAAAGGAGGGCAACAGGGAGCUGCAGCCCGAGAGAAAGAAUUGGUAAACGUGAAAAAAGGCACUCUGCUCCCUUCAGAGCUUUCUGGUAUUGGUGCUGCCAGUCUCCAACAUACAGGGGACUCCCUGGCAAAUGACGACAGCCACGACAGUGAUCAUAGCUCUGAGCAUGCACACUUAUGAUAAGGCAGGAAGGAAUCCUAGCUCUGUUCUCAGGAAAGCCAUGUUUAACACAGCGAGCUUAUGUGGACAUUGAUGUGUGCAAGUGACUGACUUUCUGACAAUCAAAAUGAAAGUAACUUAGGACUUACUAUUUCUGCUACUCUUGAACUAUUAUUAUUUUUUGUGCUUAGAUUCAGUAAGUGCCAUGCCUCCCAUGUGCCUUAUGAGUAGAAACAGGAGAUACACUUGCUUUUGAACAUUCCAGAUUCGCUUGUCCUUUCAGUGACAAUGGAGCAGAUAUUGUUGCUUUAGCUUGCAUCAAACAAUGACGUUGCUUUCCACAGUGUCAACAGAAACACUAUCUCAAGAGGAUAAGAAUUAUAUUUUAACUCUGUAUAUAUCUACUUUUCAGCAUUUUUACUUUUCACCAUUUUUAGCUGUGCAUUCAUAUUAGCUGACCGCAAUAGUCACCCAUGAGAAUAAAUGGCUUUUUUAAAUCUAUUUUUUUUGUUUUGUGUUUCAGAGUUAUAGAAUACAUGCAGACAUUUACAUUCAUAUAACAAGUAGUAUAAAUGAGUCUGCUAGUUGAAAUCCUUAUACCACAGACAAAACAAAUUUUAUGUUGCAUUUACUAUCAACUGCUGCUAAUAGGAAAUUAUUAAACCUUGUUCCUCAAAUCUUCUUACUUUCUAACAGCAAAGGUAUUUUUUAAAGAAUCAUGCCUAUUAUGAAAAUAAAACUAAAUUUUGAUUAAUAAUUAGAAUUUAUUAUUACAAUAAUAUAACAGGCAUAUGAUUCUUGUAGCUGGAUAUAAUUCAGAGUAGCAUCAGUAUAUCCAAUAAAGCUGCUUAAAAAUGAAUUGUGAACAGUAUUUUCUUACAAAUGGGAAAGUUGUUACCUUCCAUUAUUUUGUGUUAGUAAUCAGGUAUUAAUUUUUCAAUAUUAAGUAUUCAAAUUAAUAAGGUAAAGUUCUCUGUGUUAUGAUCAAGUUUUAUUAAAUAUGUUUGUGUACAGAACACAAAAAUAAGGAUAUUUUCUCCCCUUUUAAGUUUUUGUGUAUAUACAAUGAAAUAGGAACAAUCCAAAAAUUUAAACAAAACAUUGAUUGUACUUUGUAAAGGAAAUGCUUAAUAAAUGU